AUGUAAAUAUAUCCUAAUUAAAUUCCUAUAAGUGAAUAUGAAUAAAAAUUAUUUUUCAAAAAUAAAUAAAUAAUCAUAAAUCAUAAUAAAUGGAAAAUUGAUUGUUAAAAGACCAAUUUAAAUAUUUCAAAACUGUGUUUAAAUCUACUUGAAUUAGUUGCUUAAAAUUAAAAUUGGCAUACAAACACAAACAAAAACUAAUGCUAUACAUGUAAAUUGAUGAUUUUCUUUCUAUUAGAAUUUCUAAUUUAUUUCAGGGAGCAGGUAGACUUUGUUUAUUUCUUUAUUUAGUAGGAAAUAUGGAUGAUUCACUGUGUUGUUAAUAAUAUCUGCUUAAUUAAAUUCUAAAAAUAAAACACACUAAAAUUUAUGAAAUUUUAUUAAUAGUUAAUUAAUUAAAUAUAUAAGAAAGUGAUGAGAUUCAACUCAAUCCAAUUUAUUUGA